AUGGAGGCUGUGAUUGAGAAGGAAUGCAGCGCGCUCGGAGGCCUCUUCCAGACCAUCAUUAGCGACAUGAAGGGGAGCUAUCCGGUUUGGGAAGAUUUCAUUAACAAAGCUGGAAAGCUGCAGUCCCAGCUUCGGACAACAGUAGUAGCAGCAGCUGCCUUCUUGGACGCCUUUCAGAAAGUGGCUGACAUGGCCACCAACACACGUGGUGGCACCAGGGAGAUCGGAUCUGCCCUGACCAGGAUGUGCAUGCGGCAUCGGAGCAUAGAAGCCAAGCUGAGGCAGUUCUCCAGUGCUUUAAUCGAUUGUCUGAUAAACCCACUUCAAGAGCAGAUGGAAGAAUGGAAGAAAGUGGCCAACCAGCUGGAUAAAGACCACGCGAAAGAAUAUAAAAAAGCUCGCCAAGAGAUAAAAAAGAAGUCCUCAGAUACACUGAAACUGCAGAAGAAAGCCAAAAAAGCAAGCCAAGCUCCGGGCCUUGUCUCGUUUGCAGGGCGAGGCGACAUCCAGCCCCAGCUGGACAGCGCGCUCCAAGAUGUCAAUGACAAGUAUCUCCUGUUGGAAGAAACAGAGAAGCAGGCUGUCCGGAAGGCUUUGAUCGAAGAACGCGGCCGGUUCUGCACCUUCAUUUCUAUGCUGCGGCCUGUGAUUGAAGAAGAAAUCUCAAUGCUGGGGGAAAUCACUCACCUGCAGACCAUAUCAGAAGAUCUGAAAAGCCUGACCAUGGACCCUCACAAACUGCCCUCCUCAAGUGAACAGGUGAUUUUGGACUUGAAAGGUUCUGAUUACAGUUGGUCAUACCAGACCCCACCCUCUUCUCCGAGCACCACCAUGUCCCGCAAGUCAAGUGUCUGCAGCAGCCUGAAUAGCGUCAACAGCAGCGACUCGCGGUCCAGCGGCUCCCACGGCUCCCACUCGCACUCGCCCAGCUCCCACUACCGCUACCGCGGCUCCAGCCUGGCCCAGCAGGCGCCCGUGCGGCUGUCCAGCGUGUCCUCCCACGACUCAGGCUUCAUCUCCCAGGACGCCUUCCAGUCCAAGUCGCCGUCCCCCAUGCCGCCUGAGGCCCCCAACCAGAACUCGUCCAGCUCGGCCUCCUCCGAAGCCUCGGAAACCUGCCAGUCGGUGAGCGAGUGCAGCUCGCCCACCUCGGUCAGCUCAGGCUCCACCAUGGGCGCCUGGGCGUCCACGGAGAAGUUGUCUAACGGGUUUUCUCACUAUAGUUUAUCAAGUGAGUCCCAUGUGGGGCCCGUAGGGGCGAGCCUUUUCCCUCAUUGCCUGCCCGCCUCCCGCCUGCUCCCUCGGGUCACCUCUGUCCAUCUUCCAGACUACGCUCAUUAUUACACCAUUGGGCCCGGCAUGUUCCCGUCAUCUCAGAUCCCUAGCUGGAAGGACUGGGCCAAGCCAGGACCUUACGAUCAGCCUCUGGUGAACACCCUGCAGCGCCGCAAAGAGAAGCGAGAGCCAGACCCCAGCGGAGGAGGCCCCGCUGCGGCAGGAGGUGCCCCCGCCGCCACCGAGGAGGCCCAGAGGCCAAGGAGCAUGACCGUGUCGGCCGCCACCAGGCCUGGAGAGGAGGUGGAGGCUUGUGAGGAGCUGGCACUGGCCCUGUCUCGGGGCCUCCAGCUGGACACCCAGAGGAGCAGCCGGGAUUCGCUUCAGUGCUCCAGUGGUUACAGCACCCAGACCACCACCCCCUGCUGCUCCGAGGACACCAUCCCCUCCCAAGUUUCAGAUUACGAUUAUUUCUCUGUAAGUGGUGACCAGGAAGCUGAUCAGCAGGAGUUUGACAAAUCCUCCACCAUCCCAAGAAACAGCGACAUCAGCCAGUCCUAUCGAAGGAUGUUCCAAGCCAAGCGCCCGGCCUCGACCGCGGGCCUUCCCACCACCCUCGGACCUGCUAUGGUCACCCCAGGGGUUGCCACCAUCCGACGGACCCCUUCCACCAAGCCUUCUGUCCGCCGGGGGACCAUAGGAGCUGGUCCCAUCCCCAUCAAGACACCCGUGAUCCCUGUAAAGACCCCCACCGUCCCAGACCUCCCCGGGGUGCUGCCAGCCCCUCCAGAUGGGCCCGAGGAGCGGGGUGAGCACAGCCCAGAGUCGCCGUCUGUGGGUGAGGGCCCCCAGGGUGGCACCAGCGUGCCAGCCUCAAUGUGGAGCGGCCAAGCCUCCGUCAACCCCCCUCUUCCAGGCCCGAAGCCGAGCAUCCCCGAGGAGCACAGACAGGCGAUUCCAGAAAGCGAGGCCGAAGACCAGGAUCCCCCAAGUGCCACUGCCUCCCCAGGCCAGGUUCCAGAGAGCGACCCUGCAGAUCUGAGCCCAAGGGACGUCCCGCAAGGAGAAGACAUGCUGAAUGCCAUCCGAAGGGGCGUGAAACUGAAGAAGACCACGACAAAUGACCGCUCAGCCCCGCGCUUCUCUUAG